AUGACCGAUUGGACAAGAGGACAUGGAAAUACAUAUUUGGAGCUUGCUGUGCUACAACCGUGUUCAUUCCCUCCUUCCACAACUACCGGAUUUGGUCUUGGCCUUUGUAUGGCCACUUACACUGCCUGGGACAUGGCCAUAGCAGCUUUCAUUCACGGCCAUAAUCUAAUCGUGCUUACUACACGUUCUGAAGAUAUAGCUUCCACCACUUGCGCAGAAACCGGUGGUAAUGUUUAUUCUUUGAAUCCAUUGUCUUUGGAAGACGCUUGGACUCUGUUUUGUAGAAAGGCAUUUCCGGGCAAGUCCUCCUGCCCUCGGCAUUUGGAGGAUAUUUCUCGAAGAAUCUUAAAAAGAUGCGAGGGGCUGCCCCUUGCAAUCGUGGCGAUUGGUGGUGUUUUGGCAACGAAGAACCAGAGUAGGAUUGAUGAAUGGCAUAUGCUUCAUCGCAGCCUUGAAGCUAACAAUAAGCUUCAGAACAUGAAAAAUAUACUCUGUUUGAGUUACAACGAUCUGCCUUGGUAUCUCAAAAUUUGUUUCUUGUAUUUGAGCAUUUUCCCAGAGGAUCAUGAGAUUGAAUGUAUGAGAUUGAUUCGAUUGUGGACAGCGGAAGGAUUUGUCCAAGUCAGUGAAGAUGGAUUGACAAUUGAAGAAGUUGCUGAGGGAUAUGUCUACGAGCUUCUCAAUAGAAGUCUGAUCCAAGUGACAGAGAAAACUGUUGAUGGAAGGGCGAAAACGUGUCGUAUUCACGACCUUUUGCGUGAAAUUAUUAGUAUUCCGAAGUCGAGAGAACAGAAUGUUGCAACUAUAGCCAGUGAACAAAUCGAGAGGUCGCCUGGAAAAGUUCGACGCUUAUCAAUCCAUAAUGGGACCUUCGGAAUUGUACAACAAAGCAAGCGACUCUCCCAGCUUCGUUCGUUAUUCAUGUUUGGUGUGAGUGAUCCUUUAUCCAAGUCAUCAAUGCCAAUAUUGUUUAGUGGUAAUUGUAGGUUGCUGAAGGUUUUAGAGUUGAGAAAUGCUUCUUUGGAGACAGUUCCAGAAGUUGUUUUCAAACUGUUUUGUCUUAGAUAUCUAAGCUUGAGGGGAACCAAUGUGAAAAUGCUUCCAAACUCUAUCGGCGACCUUGUAGAUCUUGAAACUUUGGAUCUGAAAGAGACGUAUGUUACUAAGUUGCCAGUUGAGAUACAGAAGCUCCGACGACUUCGUCAUCUCCUGGUGUAUAGGUACGCGACUUUUGAAGGAUUUAUUCCACCUUUUCACGGUACACAUGGCUUUGCAGUAUCAAAGGUAAUUGGAGAUUUGUCGUCGUUGCAAAAGCUUUGUUACGUGGAUGCAAGUGGUGGUGAUGGAAGUGCUAUAGGGAAGCUGACCCAACUAAGGAGAUUAGGGAUUGUAAAGUUGAGAAGGGAAGAUGGAAUGUCUCUGUGCUCCUCCAUUGAAAAGUUGAGCAACCUUCGUUCAUUAAUGGUGAUCUCGACAGGAGAGGACGAGAUCCUUGAUGUCCAAUCUUUGCCUUCGAAUUUGCCGCCUCAGUUUCUUCGAAAUUUAUAUUUGCAGGGAUGUUUAGAGAAGUUACCACAUUGGAUACCCUCUCUUGAUAACCUGGUGAGACUAAAUUUAAGAUGGAGCAAGUUAAGGGAUGAUCCACUGCAAUCCCUUCAAGAUUUGCCCAACCUGAUGAAUAUUGUACUUGAUCAGGCUUACCAAGGAGAAGAUUUGUGUUUCAAGGCUGGAGGGUUUCCGAUGCUUAAGAUAUUAAGUCUUACCCGAUUAAAAGGAUUGAGAAGGGUGACAAUGGAGGAGGGCGCAAUGCCUCAUCUUGAAAACCUUUAUAUUUUCGAUUGUCAAUUGGUUAAGGAGAUGCCCUCGGGCAUUGAGCAUCUAACCAAACUUCAAAAGCUUGAUUUGGUUGAAAUGCCUAUGGAAUUGCUUAUGAAGCUAGAUAAAAGCAGAGGAGGUGCAGAUUACUGGAAAGUAGCUCAUAUCCCAUAUGUUCGAAUUGUUCUCACUCUAGAGGGUGUUUUGCGGGUGUUCAAAAUCUGA